AACAACUCCGGCGCCGCAGCUCCGACCGAUCACCGCGCGGGGUGGGUGCGGGAGCCCUUCGGAGCGCUUCCGGCCAGGGACGCGCGGUGAGCCCCAGGUGCCACCCCGAGGGAUCCAGGUGACAUCUCUGCAGACGGUUGGCCAUGACACCCCAGCAAGGGCAGAGGGACUGAAGUGGGAACCCUUUCCCAUGUCCCUCCUAUGGGCAGCUCCCCGAUGGCCUGGGUGAGGGCCGCCUGGCUGCUCUGACGCCAUGGGGAGCUGCUGUAGCUGCCUGAAUAGAGACGGCCUCUCAGACAACCAUCCCACCAAGUUCAAGGUGACGAAUGUGGAUGAUGAGGGCAUGGAGCUGGGCUCAGGCGUGAUGGAGCUGACACAGAGCGAGCUGGUGUUGCACCUGCUUCAGCGGGAUGACAUCCACUGGCCCUACCUCUGCCUGAGGCGCUAUGGCUACGACUCCAACCUCUUCUCCUUUGAGAGUGGCCGCCGCUGUCAGACGGGCCAAGGGAUCUUCGCGUUCAAGUGCUCCCGGGCGGAGGAGAUCUUCAACCUGCUGCAGGACCUGAUGCAGAGCAACAGCAUCAACGUGAUGGAGGAGCCUGUCAUCAUCACGCGCAACAGCCACCCGGCGGGCUUUGACUUCCCGCGCACCCCCCAGCAGCCCACUGCUCUAGGCUACUCGGUCUCCAGCUUCUCCAAUGGCUUCCCGGGCUGCGCCGGCGACGGCCCGCGGUUCGCGGCCGCCCGCCACCCCUCGCUGGGGGAAGAGUCCACACACGCCCUCAUCGGCCCCGACGAGCAGUCCCACACGUACGUGAACACGCCGGCCGGGGAGGAGGCUGCCGCGCGCCGCAGCCGCUGCCUGCAGCCCCUGCCCGAGGCCCGCGCGCCCUGCCUCCCGCAGCCCCCCGGCCCCGCCCCGCGGGACGCCCGCGUCUUCCUGCAGCCGGGCCGGGUGAAGUUCGUGCUGGGCCCCAGCCUGGCCGGGCAGCCGGCGAAGUGCCAGGGCCUGUGCCCGGGCCCGCAGGACCCGGCCCACCCCCACCACAACAACAACGACGAGGGCGCGGCCGAGUGCCCGGCGCGGCCGCCCUGCGCCUACGAGAACGUGGGCGGCGCGGGCGUGGGCGCGGGCGCGGGCGCGGCGCCGCGGCGCGGGCCCGGCGCGGGCCUGGCGGGCCUGGCCGGCCUGGCGCCCCGCCGCCCGCUGCACUACGAGAACCUGCCGCCGCUGCCGCCGCUGUGGGAGGGCCCGGCCCGGCCCGACGACGCGGACUCCCGGGACGGCCUCACGCCCUCCUCCAACGGCUGCCCCGACGGCGAGGGCGGCGACGAGGACCAGACGCCCCUGCAGAAGCCCAGCAGCUCGCGGGCCGCCCGCAGCCUGGGCUUCCCCGCGCCGCGGGCCCGCCGCCGCGGCUCCCCCAGCGUCUUCAACUUCGACUUCCGACGGCCGGGCCCCGAGCCCCCGCGGCAGCUCAACUACAUCCAGGUGGAGCUCAAGGGCUGGGGCGAGGAGCGCCCGGCCACCCCCGGGGCCCCGGCCCCCGCGCCCGCCCCGCACCCGGCCCGCAGCUCCGACUCCUACGCCGUGAUCGACCUCAAGAAGACCGUGGCCAUGUCCAACCUGCAGCGGGCGCUGCCCCGCGACGACGGCACGGCCCGCAAGACCCGCCACAACAGCACCGACCUGCCUCUGUGAGCCGCCCCGGCCUCCGCGCCGGCCUCCCCGCGCCGGCCUCCCGGGCUGCACCGCGGCCUCCCCCCAGCCCCCCAACCCCCGCCCGGAGGCCGCACCAGAUGCUUCCCUAUGCUGCUGGAAUCCCCAAAGAUGUCGGCCACCCAGUGCCCGGCCCCGGGCUGGGCGAGGAGGGGCCGGGGAGCCCCCCCCAGGAAACUGUGAAGGCCUCGGGGUGCAGUGCGCACCCUUCCCCGACGCCCCUCUGUCUUGUCUGUUGGCUGUCCGUGUGUUUUUGUUUUGUUGAGGGUUGGGUUGUUGUUGUU